GCCCGAUCCACCCCGGGCUCACUAUCGCCCCCCAAAAUUUCCUUUCGCUUUCGAUCUCUGGCUGUCACCCGGCCUGGCCCCUUCCACGCCCAGCCGGGGCAAGCCUGAUCUGGCCAUAGGCAUGAGGGGCCUCCGGCCGAGAUGAUAGUGCUGGCGCCAGCCUGGAGCCCAACUACCUCCCUGCUGCUGCUGCUACUGCUCAGCCCUGGCCUCCGCGGGUCCCCCGACUGUUCCUUCAGCCACAGCCCCAUCUCCUCCACCUUCAAGGUCACCAUCCGAAAGCUGUCUGAUUACCUGCUUCAGGAUUACCCAGUCACCGUCGCCUCCAACCUACAGGACGACGAGCUCUGUGGGCCAUUUUGGCACCUGGUCCUGGCCCAGCGCUGGAUGGGUCGGCUCAAGGCUGUGGCUGGGUCCCAGAUGCAAAGCCUGCUGGAGGCGGUCAACACCGAGAUACAUUUUGUCACCUUGUGUGCCUUCCAGCCCCUCCCCAGCUGUCUUCGAUUCGUCCAGACCAACAUCUCCCACCUCCUGCAGGACACCUCCGAGCAGCUGGUGGCCUUGAAGCCCUGGAUCACCCGCAGGAAUUUCUCGGGGUGCCUGGAGCUACAGUGUCAGCCCGCAGACUCCUCCACCCCACUGCCCCCAAGGAGCCCCAGGGCCUUGGAGGCCACAGCCCUGCCAGCCCCUCAGGCCCCUCUGCUGCUCCUCCUGCUGCUGUUGCCUGUGGCUCUCUUGCUGAUGUCCGCUGCCUGGUGCCUGCACUGGCGAAGGAGGAGAUGGAGAACGCCCUACCCCAGGGAGCAGAGGAAGACACUGAGGCCCAGAGAGAGGAAUCACCUGCCCGAGGACACAGAGCCGGGACUCGGAGAAAGUCAGCUAGAGACUGGUUCCUUCCUCGACCACGCUGCCCCGCUCACUCUCCCCCCAGGAUGGAGGCAACGCCAGCCCCCAACGCCAGACCCAGACCCACCUAUCCCCCUCUGUACAAAGUCCUUGUCCCCAGAAAAUUGUAUAUAAAUCAUCCUUUUCCACCA